UCAAACCAUCACUUUCGCUCUCUUCUUUCUCUCUCUUAAUUUCACCAUGGUUAAAGACCUCCAAACCCCAAAAGAUUUCCAAGAAAACCAAUCACCAAACAUCAACUCUCCUCCUCCAAAUGAAUGCAAAACCCCAAAAUCUCCUUCAUGUAAGAUUCCCAAAGCUGUUAACUGUCCUGGUGCUCCUAAGAAACCGAAAAGGGCAAAUCGGUCAUCGUGCAAGAGAAGAUUGCGAUUUGAGAUUGUCGUCAUGGUUGCUGAGGAAGAAAUCGAUUCAUUUUUCAGGAAUGCUGAAGAUGCUAACAAUGGUUGUAACAAGAUCAUGAAAAGAAGACGUAGCAUGUAAACUCAUAGAAAAUGUUAUUCAGAAAUAAUCAUCUGAUAUCUGAAACUCAUAAGUGACUGAUUGAUAAAAGUUGUUGCAAAGAGUCUAACUCUAGUAGUAGUUUUUAGAAUUAAUAGUAAUGUCAAGUUUCAUUUAUUCAUCGUGUCGUGUCGUAUCGUAUCGUUAGGUAAGUUAUUAGCUAGCUAGCUAGUAGUAACAAAGAAAAAAAAUAGUUUUAAGUAUUAUUUAAUAGUAUCUAUUGCACAUUUCUUUUUCUUGUUUUAGUAUGUCAAGUAUGGUUGUAAUUUUAGAUAUGAAUUAUGGGUAUAAAUCAAUG